AUGGCAGGCCAGCAGCACCAAGGCGAAGUCAAAUGGUACAACUACAAGCGUGGUUACGGCUUCAUCAGGGACCACAGUACAAAGACAGAUGUCUUUGUACACUUCUCCGGCCUAAAGCGAUCCCUACAGAAACGUCUCCCCCGUGAAGGAGACAAGGUACACUUCACCGUCCAUAUGGGAGACAAAGGACCGGAGGCCCGAGAAACCGAGAGGACCAGCAGUGCUUCACACCAAAAGCCACCCCUCAGGACAGUCGGCUUGGAUUUCAUUGGUGUGCGGCGAUCGGAACCUUAUUUAGGUAUUGUGGCUUAG